GAGGAGAAGGGGGAUGGGCAAGAAUCGACGAGUACGGAGGACGGUUCUUUGAUUCGUGAUACGUCCCUCGACCCUCGAUCUGUUUCACGUCGUCAUUUUAUUUGUAGCCCGGUCGCUGAAAAAUGGCACUUCUAUCCUUGCGUUUGGCCUCAUCCUUGGCCAGGCAUCUGCCAAAUACCACAGCCCAGAUCAACUGGCCUGCAACUGCUAUAGCCUCUCGCAAAUAUCAUGUCUCUUGCAGCCGUCGCUCGGCAGAAAUUUCUGCCAUUUUGGAAGAACGCAUUCUUGGACAAGCACCUAAGGCCAAUCUCGAAGAGACAGGCAGGGUACUCAGCAUUGGAGAUGGUAUCGCACGUGUGUAUGGGUUGAAAAACAUUCAAGCUGAUGAGAUGGUAGAAUUUAGCUCAGGUUUGAAGGGUAUGGCAUUAAAUUUGGAACCUGAUAAUGUGGGUGUUGUCGUAUUUGGUAAUGACAGACACAUCAAGGAGGGUGAUAUCGUCAAACGUACUGGUGCCAUUGUUGAUGUUCCUGUUGGCGAAGACCUGUUAGGUCGUGUUGUUGAUGCCUUGGGUAAUCCUAUUGAUGGCAAGGGACCUUUGAACAGCAAAUUAAGAUUCCGUAUCGGAACAAAAGCUCCAGGUAUUAUCCCCAGAGUGUCAGUCAGAGAACCUAUGCAAACUGGAAUUACUGUUGAUUCUUUGGUGCCCAUUGGUCGUGGUCAGCGUGAAUUGAUUAUUGGCGACAGGCAAACUGGAAAAACUGCUCUUGCUAUUGAUACAAUCAUCAAUCAAAAACGUUUCAAUGAUGGUGGAGAAGAGAAGAAAAAAUUAUACUGCAUUUAUGUUGCUAUUGGUCAGAAAAGAUCUACUGUUGCGCAAAUUGUAAAGCGUUUGACAGAUAGCGGUGCUAUCAAUUAUACUAUUAUUGUAUCUGCCACUGCCUCCGAUGCUGCUCCCCUUCAAUAUUUGGCUCCGUACUCCGGAUGCGCCAUGGGAGAAUUCUUCAGAGAUAAUGGAAAACACGCUUUAAUUAUUUAUGAUGACUUGUCUAAGCAAGCCGUUGCCUAUCGACAAAUGUCCUUGCUGCUUAGAAGACCACCAGGUCGUGAGGCUUAUCCUGGCGAUGUAUUUUAUCUCCAUUCUCGUCUACUCGAAAGAGCUGCGAAAAUGAAUGAAAAUUUGGGUGGUGGAUCGUUGACCGCUUUGCCUGUUAUUGAAACGCAAGCUGGUGAUGUGUCUGCUUAUAUCCCUACCAAUGUCAUUUCUAUUACUGACGGUCAAAUCUUUUUGGAAACCGAAUUGUUCUACAAAGGUAUCCGACCUGCUAUCAAUGUAGGUUUAUCUGUAUCACGGGUGGGAUCUGCUGCUCAAACCAAAGCUAUGAAGCAGGUUGCCGGCUCUAUGAAAUUGGAAUUGGCUCAAUAUCGUGAAGUAGCUGCUUUCGCUCAGUUCGGUUCAGAUUUGGAUGCCGCGACACAACAAUUGCUAAACCGUGGCGUUAGAUUAACAGAACUUCUAAAACAGGGACAAUAUGUACCUAUGGCUAUUGAGGAGCAGGUGGCAGUUAUAUAUUGUGGUGUACGUGGUUAUCUUGACAAGAUGGAUCCUACAAAAAUUACUAGUUUUGAAAAAGAAUUCCUUGCACAUAUUAGGUCUACUCAACAAGAUCUUCUUGCUACCAUUGCAAAAGAAAAUGUAAUUAGUGAAGCAUCAGACGCAAAAUUGAAGAAAGUAGUUACCGAUUUCCUCUCAUCCUUCGCAGCAUAGAGCGCAAUCAUCGAAUGUCGUUCUAAUGCAAGUCAAUAUAGAUAAUCGAGAAGACCAAAUGUUCUUAAACAUUUCUGCUGCUGAUGUGUGUUAAUGUAUCGAUAUUACACAUUGUUAUACACAAAUGUUAUAAUAUAAUUAUAUAUAAUAUCUGUACAUUACAAAAUAUUGUUGCAGCAAUUACACACGCCUGCAAACUAGCUAUCUACGAUACGUAGAUGCGAAAAAUCAAUCUUUAAUAAAAAUAAAAAUACUCCAAUG